GUGUGAGAGUGUAUGCAGCUAGCGGUGCCCCUGCUGUGGAAUUACAGCAGGAGAACGUUGUUGGGGACCUGGAGGAGAGCAGUUAGAGGAGGAAGAAGAGGAGGUGGAGGAACCGUAGAGAACCAGUUGACCAACUGGACUGGACUGGACCGGACUAGGCCAGGGCUUGGGAGGACCACCGGUCAUCUGGGACUGGGAGAAAGGGAUAGAGAAAAAGAGAGAGAGAGAGAGAGAGAGAGAGAGAGGGGCAGUGUGUGUGUGUGUCUUUUUCUCAGAUCAGCUCGGCCUGUGGCUCCCUAUUCCAGGGGUCGUCUGUCUCCUCAUGGUUUGAGUGGCCAAAAGUGGACCUCUGAGGCGGAGUGGACUUUAUCUGACCUACGGCCUUCAACGUCAGCUUGCCCUUAAGAAUCGGGAUCUGUGGUCCGUCCUGCAUCGUAGACGUGAUGCCCGAGACGGAGGUCUAGCUCUAGCUGUCUGCUCUUCGGAGAACAGAGCUCUCCUGCAGGAAGUUUUGAGUAGAUGUCACCACUAUUAGGAAACUGACCUUUCCGUUUCGCAGGAUUGGGCUCCAUCAUUGUUUACCGGGCCUGGAUGCUCGUUUCAGACCAGUUUGACCUGUCUGAAGUGUCUGGCCGGGAGACGGCAACUUCCAAAACAUUCGCCUGACCUUUAAUCAAGCGGAGGCUUCGUCAUGUGAUCGUAGCUGAAGCCAGGUUCCUCUCAGAGUUCCCUUGCCCGCUCGCGGAGUGGACAGUCGUGCGGCGAGAUCGGGGCUGACAGGAGAGGCGAAAACAGCGAAAAAACAGCUAGUGCUGACCGGGCCCGGGAGUGUGUGAAGUGUUUGGGUGUGUGUCUGCCACCAUGGGCGAGGGAGGAGGCUGGAGACUAACAGGAAGAGGCAGCUAAAUGUUAGCACUAACUUUGGAGGCCAGGUGUUACAUGGAGGUGUGAGGAAGUGAGGGAGCGAGCGAGUGGCAGGCAGUGAGUGUGUGGGUGGGCGAGAGUGUGUCCGAGUGUGAACAAGGUGAUGGACAUUGCGGCGUGUAUGUGUGUGUGUGUGUUUGGCUGAUCUGAUUGGCGUUCGCCGGUGUGGUGUGAUGUUGGAGGCCAGGAUGAGGGAACAUCUGGAGGAACAAUAGGUUCCACUUCCAUCUUCAGUUCAUUCUAGUCUUGCGAGGCAUCAUCGCUCUUCGGUGAGGCUGCUGGGGAGCGAGGUAGGCCUGCAGUAGUGUUAACGAGGCUAGUGAUUUGGCUAGUGCUCCUCAGGCUUCGGUUAAGGACUCCCAACUUGCCGUAUUGGAUUAUUACACCACCGUUUCUGAGGUUGAGAAGCUGUAGACCCCUGGAAGGAGCCCCUCAGUCCGGCUGCGGCCGCCACGACUGUCCACUCUGCCCAAACGGAGCUUCUCCACGUUUUCCCGAGAGAACCGAGCUGGCCGGUUAACGCAGCGACCCCAUGGCAUCCUGACGACGCACGCUUCACUCUGGGGUGCUAUAGGCAGCAGACGGCUUCUCCAUGAGGAGCAGUAGAAGAUGCCGGAACUGCCAGCGCUGCUGCUGCUGUCGAUUCACUUCCACAUCCUGCUAGUCACCGUGAUCACCAUGCCGCCCUCCGCCCUGAGCCAGCCCUCUGUCCUGUCGUCCGUGAGGAUGGCUGCAAUUCUGGAUGACCACUCUGCCUGUGGGCGUGGAGAGCGGUUAGCUUUAGCAUUAGCACGUGAGAACAUCAACAGUGUGAUGGAGGGGCCGGCUCGCGCAAGAGUGGACGUGGACGUCUUCGAAUUGCAGAAGGACUCGCAGUACGAGACCACCGACACCAUGUGCCAAAUCUUGCCCAAGGGUGUGGUUUCUGUGAUUGGCCCCGCCUCCAGCCCCGCCUCAGGCUCUACUGUCAGUCACAUCUGUGGGGAGAAGGAGAUCCCUCAUGUGAAGAUCGGUCCUGAGGAGACUCCAAAGCUACCCUACCUGCGCUUCGCGUCCGUCACCCUGUAUCCUAGCAACGAGGAUCUAAGCCUCGCCGUGGGAGCCAUCCUACGCUCCUUCAGCUAUCCAUCGGCUAGUCUGGUCUGCGCCAAGGCGGAAUGUCUCCUGCGAUUGGAGGAGCUGGUAAGGCGGUUCCUGAUCUCCAGGGAAACGCUGUCCGUGAGGAUGCUGGACGACGACCUGGACCCCACAUCCCUCCUGAAGGAGAUCCGCGAUGACAAGAUAGCCACCAUCAUCAUCGACGCUAACGCCUCUGUGUCUUAUAUGAUUCUGAAAAAGGCAUCAGAGUUGGGGAUGACAUCAGCCUUUUAUAAGUACAUCCUCACCACUAUGGAUUUCCCCUUGCUGUGGUUGGAUGAUAUAGUAGACGAGCACUCCAACAUUGUGGGCUUCUCCAUGUUCAACACCACCCACCCCUUCUACCUGGAGUUCAUCAGGAGCCUCAACCUGUCCUGGAGAGAGGGCUGUGACAUUAACCCCUACCCGGGACCAGCGCUGUCGUCAGCUCUGCUGUUUGAUGCGGUGCAUGUGGUGGCGAGUGCGGUGCAGGAGCUGAACAGGAGUCAGGAGAUCGGAGUGAAGCCCCUCAGCUGCACAUCCCCCCAGAUCUGGCAACACGGCACCAGCCUGAUGAACUACCUGCGCAUGGUUGAGUAUGAUGGUUUAACAGGCCGUGUUGAGUUUAACAGCAAAGGCCAGAGGACCAACUACACUCUGCAUAUUCUGGAGAAACACAGAUACGGUCACAAACAGAUUGGUAUCUGGUACUCUAAUAACACCCUGGUCAUGAACUCCACCAGCCUGGACAUCAACGCCUCCGAGACGCUGGCCAACAAGACCCUCAUCAUCACCACCAUACUGGAGAACCCGUAUGUGAUGAGGAAGGUGAAUUAUCAGGAGCUGGAGGGGAAUGAUCAGUAUGAAGGUUUCUGUGUGGACAUGCUGAAGGAACUGUCCGACAUCCUGAAGUUCACCUUCCGCAUCAAACUAGUGGACGACGGUCUGUACGGAGCCCCGGAACCCAACGGCUCCUGGACCGGCAUGGUGGGGGAGCUCAUCAACAGGAAGGCUGAUUUAGCUGUGGCUGCUUUCACCAUCACCUCAGAGAGAGAGAAAGUCAUCGAUUUCUCCAAACCUUUCAUGACCCUGGGCAUCAGCAUCCUCUACAGAGUUCAUAUAGGCCGAAAGCCAGGCUACUUCUCCUUCUUGGAUCCCUUCUCUCCGGCCGUUUGGCUCUUCAUGCUGCUGGCGUACCUGGCUGUCAGCUGUGUGCUGUUCCUCGCUGCCAGGUUGAGUCCGUACGAGUGGUACAACCCUCAUCCGUGUCUGCGGGAGCGCAGGGACAUGCUGGAGAACCAGUACACGCUGGGGAACAGCCUGUGGUUUCCAGUGGGAGGCUUCAUGCAGCAGGGCUCAGAAAUCAUGCCCAAAGCCCUGUCCACUCGCUGCGUCAGCGGAGUCUGGUGGGCGUUCACUCUGAUCAUAAUCUCCUCAUACACAGCCAACCUGGCCGCCUUUCUGACGGUUCAGAGAAUGGAGGCUCCAAUAGAGUCGCCUGACGACCUGGCAGACCAGACUAACAUCCAGUACGGCACCAUUCACGGAGGGAGCACCAUGACCUUCUUCAUGAACUCGCGGUACCAGACUUACCAGCGUAUGUGGAACUACAUGUACUCCAAGCAGCCCAGUGUGUUUGUGAAGAGCACAGAGGAGGGCAUCGCUCGCGUGGUGAACUCCAAAUACGCAUUUCUGCUGGAAAGCACCAUGAACGAGUACCACCGGAGCCUCAACUGCAACCUCACCCAAAUCGGGGGCCUGCUGGACACCAAGGGCUACGGCAUCGGCAUGCCCCUGGGUUCUCCGUUUCGGGAUGAGAUCAGUCUGGCGGUUCUGCAGCUGCAGGAGAACAACAGGCUGGAGAUUCUGAAGAGAAGGUGGUGGGAAGGAGGCCAGUGCCCUAAAGAGGAGGACCACCGAGCCAAAGGCUUGGGAAUGGAGAAUAUCGGGGGGAUAUUUGUGGUAUUGAUCUGUGGGUUGAUCAUUGCCGUGUUUGUGGCUGUGAUGGAGUUUGUGUGGUCGACUCGGCGCACUGCUGAAACAGAUGAGGUGUCUGUAUGUCAGGAGAUGCUGACUGAGUUCCGAAACGCUGUGUCCUGCAAGAAGAGUUCCCGCUUGCGUCGUCGCCGGCCCCUCUCCAGCACCCUGGCCCUGCGCCACCCGGCUCGUGUAGCUCUGGGGGCCCCGCGGCCCCUGCGGCUGGUCAGGGAGAUGCGCCUGAGCAACGGCAAACUGUACAGCGGGGCGGGACCUUUAACAGGAGGAGCCUCCGGAGCAGGGGGAGGCCCCUCGGACUUGGGCCCCGGGCCCCAGCGUCUCCUAGAAGACCCUCUUGGGGCCAGCAGCACGCCUGCAGUGCCCCUGGGCCCCCCUGCGGUCACAGUGCCUCUUCCACGAGGCUGCACCCACGUGCGCAUCUGCCAGGAGUGCCGGCGCAUCCAGAGCCUCCGGACCACCUCGUGCCCUCGAGUGCCGCCCUCCUCGGCGCCCCUCCCCCGCCUGGCCCCGCCCCCACCACACUCCUCCUCCAACACGGACAGCGAAGGGGGCGGCGGACACAGCCCGCGCAGGAUAGGCCACUCCCCCCCUCCGAGAGGAGGCACCAGUACAGACCUCCUGGGAGAGCAGGACUGAAAGAGCGAGGGAGGAAGAGAGGGAGGAGGAGGAAGAGCGUAGGGGAGGAUUUGUAGGGGGGUUAAAGCCCUAAAAUUCACUGGGCCCAGAGCUAGGUGUCCUGGAACAUGCCAGAAAGUGUUCGCGCCAUUUUUAACCAGUAUUAUUAAGUGUCAUUUUGGUUUUGAAAUGGUUUUAAAAACAAAAAAAGUUGUUCUCAGGGGGCCGAAAACGUUACGCCCCCUCGCCUUUUGGGGGCACUGAUGGUUCUCCUCUCGGCUCAGGAUGAUGGAAUGUAAAAGAUGGAAUCUGAAUGUUUUCUUCUACCUUUUGUCCUGUUCAGAUUUGCAAUUUUGGACUUUCUGUAUCAAAGAGAAAAAGCUAAAUUUGGAUUUUUGGACUUUUGGGAAGCUGAAGAUGAACCAGUAGCACAGAGAAACUCCACCCCGAAACUCUGCCACCCACCAAACUCUGACUAUAAGCCCCCCCCGGCACAAAGACCCCCUCAAGACUGAACUGUCCGGCUCCUCCCAGACGAGAGCACACACCUUCGGUAGUGGACGUUUAAGCUUUGUGAAAUGUACCACAAUCUAAAAAAAACAAAAAAAAUGAAGGGACUUUAGUCUUAAUAGACAUUCUUGCCUUUUUAUGUACUAUUAUUAUUAUUAUUAUUAUUAUUAUUAUUAUUAAUAAUAUUAUUUUCAUUUACAGUCUGUGUUGGUUGAUUCCCCAGACUAGCUGUUCCCUGGCUGAAAUUAAAAUGGCAGAGGUAGCUUAUAUUGUAAUAUUGGGAAAUUAUUAGUAAUAUAACUAAGAAACUUUGUCAGGGCCCAAAUAUUAACAUUUAAGGCACACAAUGGGUUAAUUGCACUUGUCAGUUGAUGUGUUCAAACCGAUCUCUGACCAUUUGGACAUUUGGAAAUUCAAAAAAAAUUCUGACACUAAUUUUAAGAAACCCAAAAAAAAUCCACUAACUGAUAAUAAAAUGGCCAGUUCAAUUUUAUACAGUUAAAAUUUCCUCAUUUAUCCUAGUAAAACUACAAUGCAAAUCAGUUUUAAUGGAUUCUCAAAUAAUUCUCCUUCAUCAUUAAGGGUGUCUGUUCAUGACAGUAUUAAACAGCCCUCAUCUACAUAUUUACAUAUACUGUAAAUGUUGGUGCUUCAUCAGUAGAACUGGUAUGCUGGUAUCAGUAAACCCACAUGACAUUAAUCUCAGUUCCUUUUUUUUAAAUGGGGCUUAGCAUAUUUUUGUUCUCUUAUUUCACUGGUAACUGCAUGAUCAUUUUCAUCUGUUUUCAAAUAGUUCUCUAAAAUACUUAGUUCUGUAAAGGAUACAUCACUUCCUGUUACAACAAAAUGCAAAUCCACUGAGAAACCAGAAUGAAAUGAGGUUGAUUUCUUUGCAACAUUUGUGAAAGGAUUUUUUUUUCGAAUAUGUAUUUCCCAGACAUGCAAGGAUACAAUGAAAAGAAAGGGAGUGCUGAUAUAUUUGUUUCUUGUUAUUUGAUUGUUUAUUGUCAGCUGAGCCUCAUAAAUGAUCAGUGGGGCAACGUAGAAACCUAUGGUUUAUCUGCAUGGUGACUUCGGAACCUGUAGAAUAUUAUACAGUUAUACCAUGGUAUACACAAUAACCUAGGAACCUGCAGUAUAUCCAUUAGGUAUUCUAGAAAUCUGUGGUAUUUCUUUGAGGUAACCUAGGAACCUGGGGUACAUCCACAAGAUAAUCUAAUAAUCUAUGCUGUAUUUAAAAGGUCAUCUAGGAACCGGCAGAAUAUACACAUGGUAAUCUAGGAACCUGCAGAAUAAUUGUAAGGCAAUCAAGAAACAGGCAGAAUAUUCGUAAUGUUGUCUAGAAACCUGCAGUAUAUUCGUAAGGUAAUAUAAGAACCUGUGGUAUACCCACAGGGUAAUCUAGAAACUUGUGGUCUAUCCAUAUGAUAAUCCAAGAACCUGCAGUACAUCCAUAAAGUAAUCUAGGAACCUGCAGAAUAUUUCUCAAGUGUUCUAGAAAUCUGUGGUUUAUCCAUAAGGUAUUCUAUGAGCAUGUGGUAUAUCCAUAAGGUAUUCUAGGAACAUGUGGUAUAUCCAUAAGGUAUUCUAGGAAACCUGCGGCUUAUCCAUAAGGUAUUCUAGGAAACUUGCGGUUCAUCCAUAAGGUAUUCUAGGAAACCUGCGGCUUAUCCAUAAGGUAUUCUAGGAACAUGUGGUGUAUCCAUAAGGUAUUCUAGGAAACCUGCGGCUUAUCCAUAAGGUAUUCUAGGAACAUGUGGUAUAUCCAUAAGGUAUUCUAGGAACAUGUGGUAUAUCCAUAAGGUAUUCUAGGAACAAGUAGUAUAUCCAUAAGGUAUUCUAGGAAACCUGCAGUUUAUCUAUAAGGUAUUCUAGGAACAUGUGGUAUAUCCAUAAGGUAUUCUAGGAACAUGUGGUAUAUCCAUAAGGUAUUCUAGGAACAUGUGUUAUAUCCAUAAGGUAUUCUAGGAAACCUGCGGUUUAUCCAUAAGGUAUUCUAGGAACAUGUGGUAUAUCCAUAAGGUAUUCUAGAAACCUGUUGUAUAUCCAUAAGGUAUUCUAAGAAACCUUCGGUUUAUCCAUAAUGUAUUUUAGGAAACCUGCGGUUUAUCCAUAAGGUAUUCUAGGAAAUCUGUGAGGUAACCUAUGAACCCAGGAUACAUCUAUAUGCUGCAGUAUAUCCAUAAGGUCAACUAGAAACAUGUGUUACAUCUUAAAGGUAAUCUAGAAACUUGUGGAACAUUCAUAAAGUAAUCUAGGAACCUGCAGUAAAUACAUAAGCUGAUCAAGGAACUUCCAGAAUAUUCUUAAAGUAAUCUAGGAGCCUUAACUAAAUCCUUAGGCAACCUAUGGAUGUUGGGUAUAUCUGUAUGGUAAUCUAGGAACCGGCUGUAUUCAUUUAUCAAGCAUCUCAGAGUACAAGAACUGAUCUAGGAUCACCUCUUAUCAGGUGUCUAAUUCAUAUAAUCCAGUUAACCCUCACUAAUCCUGGAUAAGCAUUCUUACGCCGAGAGGUUUGAUAAACACGGGCCAGUGUACGGUAUAUCUGUAUGGUAAUCUAGGAACCUGAUGAAUGAUGUGAAUGACCUGUACAUAUACUACAUAUACAGUAAACAUACACACACACACAUACAUGUGGUUAUUUUUCAUCAUCAUCUCCUGCCUCUAGAGGACGAUGUUUUAGAUGACCAAAAACUGAAGCUGUGGAAAUUUUACAUCUAUAUACAUGUAUAUGUUAUGAUUCAUAUUUAUUUGCCCCUAUUGUCAUACUUACUAUGACUACAAGUGUUUUGGAAAAUUAAAAUAAAUAAAUUCAGGCUGAGGAAUUCCUGAUUUUCCCUAAAUUCCUGAAAUGCUCUGAGGGGAAUCAAACCGUUUCUUUUUUUUAAAUUGGGUUCCUUUUUUCUGCGUCUUUCUGUUUUUUAAUUAUUAUUAUUUUGAAACUAGUGUGCGAUGGGGUAUCAAAACGAUGGUCAAGAGUAUUAAUAUAAUUCUAUUGUUGUUAUUAUAAGUAUUCCUACUAAAGCGCAGGAGUCAUUUGGGGUGUGUGUGAGGGGUCAUGGGUUAAGCAUAAGGGUGAGGGACCUACUACCGAGUGACCACCUGAUGUUAAAGUUAUUUCUUUGGAAUAAAGAACACAUCGAUCUGUCUUUAA